UCUCCCUCCUGUCUUUUCGAGGCCUUUUGUGCUUUUGUCCCUCUCUCGUCACCGCAGCGCCAACAAAAACAGCAGAAACGCGAAGAGAAACAGGCACCCCCAAAAAGCUAAAUCCCAACCCAUUUAUUUCCACACCUCCCCCCCCAACCCCAUUCUCUCUUCCUUCACUCCACACUCCACACUCCACACUCCACUUCUGCUCCACUCUACUGCAACCUCAUUCCCCACUCUGCUCGUGAUAAGCUCAGGAUCUCAAGCCUAGUUUUUCUUCUAUUUUUUUUUUUUUUAUUUUUCCCCAAUUUUGAGGAGGGGAAAAGAGGGAAUAGCUACUAUUUAUUCAGAGAAGUUGGGAAACCCCAGAUCGGGGCGACGCGGCGGAGCGGAUCGUUCUCUCUCUCUCCCGUUUUAUCUGCUUACUUCUCGGUUCGUACGUUGCUUAUAUCAGAGGAGCAUAUGCAGACCUCAAUGUCUCGUCAUUUCAGAUGAUAUUGGAUUAUUACAAUUAUUAAUUUUUACAAAGCGUAUAUCAAGGACGUUGUUGAGAUGAAAUAACUUGGAUUGCCAUGCUAAAUUGCAAAAUGCUGCCUGAAAUGCAAGUAGACAAAGCAGCGCAUGAAGACGGUUCAGUAAUGGCUGACAAUGGGCAGGCCAAAAGGAAUUCUCUACGGCAUCAGUUGAGAAAGGAAAAGGUCUUAACUCCUACUAAAAGCAUGAACAUGAAAUAUGAAGACAAAUUCGCAGUAGUAAAAUCGAGAAAGAUCACUGAAGAAGAAGUUUCAGUAAAGUAUGCUGCAAAAAGGAUCUCAGUCCCGUCUAUGCCCUUGAGAAGUUCAAAACCAUGGCCUGGGAGGAAGGCGACUGAUAUUGAUGAGUUAGUCAAACAUGGAGUAAACGUUCCAUCAUAUCUCCGGAGAAAGGAGACGGAGGACGGCAUUCAAGAGAGAGCAUUGAGUUUUGGAGUUAUGGACUGGGGCCUUCUCGAGAGAUGGACGUACCACAAGAAACAUGUGACAAAUGGCAGUAAUAGGGUUACUCCAUGUAGCGGUAGCGAGUGCAAUGCGCCCCCUAAGGGAAAGCAAUCAAUGAUCAAGACUGCCCUUCAACAUUCUUCUGCUACAAGUGGGCAAACUUAUUUCUUGCAUAAAUACUCAGAAAAUGCCACAUUUUCUCGGGAUCCACGGCCUUCAUCGUCAAAUGUUUUUGCUGUAAAUGACAAGCAUCUUGAUUCAGAUUAUGAAUUAGGUGCUGAUGGUUUUAGGUUUCACAAUGUGCCUCUAUCUUUAGAUUCUUGCACUUCAUCGUCUGAUAAGAUGACGGGUGCUAAAGAUGAUAGAACUGAGAGAGCGACAAGAGAUGGAGAGUGGCGAGAGAUGGAUAGCUUCCCCCACUGGAACAAUGUAAAGGAUCAUCUUCAACAGAGGCUUGUGAGCUCUGUGGCUUGUAAUGAUGGGACGGAAUUAGAAAAAAUUCAAGACAGUUUCUCCGAAAAACUUUUAGGAAAUAUCCAAAGGAGCUAUCAAUGUUCUCACGUUCCAAAAUCCUGUCCACUCCCUUGUACUGUUUUGGCGGAAGAACCUGAUGCAGUUAGCACUCUUCUGAGUGAGGGCACUUCAAGAAACACUGAAGAACAAGAUAACGAUGGAAAGAGAAACCUAGUUGUUGCUAGUGCACUUGAUAAAUUAGGUCAGUGUGAUGUAAAAUCGACAGCUGCUGUCGAAAAGAAAUCACCAAAUCAUCUUGCAGUUGGUGGACAAAAUCAAAUGAGCCGCAGUUCUAGUUUUAAGGACCAUUCAUCUCUUCAACAGUUUGAGUCGGUUACUCGUGCAGAUAAAUGUGCCGGAGAUAGAGCAGCUUCAAACAGCAGGGGGAGGCGUAGCCCCCUGAGAAGGAUGCUAGAUCCAUUACUGAAGCCUAAAGACCAUAUCUAUUUUUCCCCUCCAGCCGAUUCUGCAAAAAAUCAGCAUUUUCUUAAGUCAAGCAACUCCAAUCAUCCUCUGAAUGUAACCAGCAAUGCUCCUAACAACAGUGAGUUACACCUUCAGCGCAAGAAAGAAGCUGCAUCAACAAGGCAAGCACUUCUGCAGCUGGCUUGGAAGAAUGGUAUGCCUUUGUUUAUGUUCUCAUCUGGCGGCUGUGAUAUUCUUGCCGCUACUGUGAGAAAGAAAAGCUUAUCUGACAAGGAUGGUGUUGAAUGUGUAUAUACAAUAUUUACUGUUGAAGAAUGCAAAAGGAGAAGUGCUGCAUGGGUUAGAUCAGGAAACAAAAGUAAGAAGCAACAGUUGAUCUCCACCAUUGUUGGUGAGAUACAGGUUUCGUGCACCCAGUCAAUGUGCUAUGACUUGAAAACUUGUCAUGCUAUGAAGCAGUUUGUUUUGGUUGGUCUUCAACUAACACCCACAUCUGAUGGGCCUGCUGAUUCCCGAUUUAAUACAGAACUUGCAGCCAUUGUUAGCACGGUUUCACAAUUGCCAGAAACUUCUAAUGCAGAUUCAAUGCCGAAAAGUUCAGCUACAAAUUUAUGCUCUUGGUGCCGGCUAAGAAGCUUGCAAACUGAGCAGAGCAGCAGUGUCUUAGUAGUACUUCCAAGUGGCAUCCAUGGCUUGCCAAUUUCUGGAGAACCAUCACCUUUGAUCGAGAGAUGGAAAUCAGGGGGAGCAUGCGAUUGUGGCGGUUGGGAUGAGGGUUGCAUGCUAACUGUACUUACUGAUAGCUCUCAGGAGUGCAGGAGCUCUGGUUCUGCCGCAAUUUGUCGUAAUGCGGAUGGCACUAAGCAAUUCGAGUUGUUCACUCAGGAUAGAUAUCGAAAAGAGGGUCAUGCUUUCAACAUGGUUUCUUUUAAGGAAGGACUGUAUACCGUUGAGUUUAAGGCAUCCAUCUCUCUUCAUCAGGCUUUUGCCAUUUCUAUAUCAAUGCUUCACGGCAGGAACCAUACCAAACAAAUAGAAGUUCAAUGCGUACAGGAGCGUGUGUUUGCAUGCCAUGAAUAGAGAAGUCCUGCAAGAAAUCAAGACAAUGUAUCCAACCAUCCGCCUCUUUCUCCUGCUGGGCGAGCUUAAUGACCUUACCAUUAUAUUAUUAAGAGGUAUGGACUUCAAAUUGCAUCUCAUGUACCAUACACUCUAUAUCUAUAGUCAGAGAUGGACUGCAUGGAAGUAGCUUAUCCUUUUUGAGAAAUGCUUUUGUUACCAAGACAUGGCUUACCCUAUUAAGCCUCAUUAUAUUGUCCUUUUUAACAUUACAAGCGGAUCUGUUUGAAAAAAAAACCAUGUACCUACCUGUAUAGAGAUUAUCUGUAUCAUAUGGCGCAGUGUAUUGUAGGCAAUUUCUCUA